AUGUCUAUCGAUUUUCCCGCCGAGGAGGAGCUCACCCUCAAGCGGUGGAGGGAGAUUGAUGCCUUCCAGCGCCAGGUUGAGCUCUCUCGGGGCCAGAAGACGUACACUUUCUACGACGGCCCACCCUGUCCUACCGGCCCCCCUCACUAUGGUCACCUGCUGGCUUCUACGAUUAAGGAUAUCAUCCCUAGAUACUGGGCGAUGAAGGGUUACUAUAUUGAGCGACGAUUUGGCUGGGAUACGCAUGGUGUCCCCGUCGAAUACGAGAUUGAUAAGAAACUUGGCAUGUCUGGUCUGGAGGCCGUUGAGAAGCUCGGAAUUGCGAAGUACAACGAGGAGUGCCGGGCUUUUGUCAUGCGUUUCGCCACUGAGUGGCAGCAGACCAUCGAGCGCUUGGGUCGCUGGAUCGAUUUCGACGACGACUACAAGACAAUGAACACUAGCUUCAUGGAGUCUGUCUGGUGGGUUUUCAAGCAGCUGUUCGACAAGGGCCUUGUCUACCGAGGCUACAGGGUCAUGCCGUACUCGACCGCCUUGAACACACCUCUCAGUAAUUUCGAGGCCCAGCAAAACUACAAGGAUGUCCAAGAUCCUGCUAUCGUCGUCACUUUCCCCCUGUUGGAUGACCCCGAGACUUGCCUGCUUGCGUGGACCACGACCCCUUGGACCCUUCCCUCCCACACCGGCCUUUGCGCUCACCCAGACUUCGAGUAUAUCAAGAUCUAUGACGAGGCCACCAAGAAGAACUACAUUCUUUUGGGAUCUUUGCUCCGCACCAUCUACAAGGACCCAAAGAAGGCCAAGUUUAAGAUUGUUGAUCGUAUCAAGGGUUCCGACAUGCUUGGAUGGAAGUACAAGCCCCUCUUUGACUAUUACUAUGAGGAGUUCAAGGACCACGGUUUCCGUGUGUUGAAUGAUGGCUAUGUUACGGCCGAGGACGGUGUGGGUAUCGUCCACCAAUCCCCCGCGUUCGGUGAGGACGAUUAUCGGGUCGCUGUGAACCAUGGUGUCAUCAACGAGACCCGUACUCCUCCCAACCCGGUCGACCCCCAGGGCUGCUUCACGAAGGAGGUUCGGGACUUCUUUGGCCAGCACGUCAAGGAGGCCGACAAGGCGAUUAUCAAACACCUGAAGGGAACCGGCCGCAUCCUUGUCGACAGCCAGAUCACCCACAGUUACCCCUGCUGCUGGCGAUCCGACACACCUCUCAUCUACCGCGCGGUGCCUUCAUGGUUUGUGAAGAUCACUCCUAUCAUCCCUCAGAUGCUGGAAGGUAUCAAGCAGUCUCACUGGGUCCCAUCUGCUGUCAAGGACAAGAGAUUUGCCAGCUGGAUCAAGAAUGCUCGCGAUUGGAACAUUUCUCGCAACCGUUUCUGGGGAACUCCCCUCCCUCUCUGGGUCAGCGAUGACUUCAAGGAGGUUGUCGCCGUUGGAAGCGUCGAGGAACUCAAGGAAUUGAGUGGCUAUACCGGCGAGCUCACCGAUCUCCACCGUGACAAGGUGGACCACAUUACCAUUCCCAGUAAGCAGGGCAAGGGUGAGCUCCGUCGUGUGAGCGAGGUGUUCGAUUGUUGGUUUGAGUCCGGCAGCAUGCCAUAUGCCUCCCAGCACUACCCCUUCAAGAACAAGGACCAGUUCGGGAACAGCUUCCCUGGCGACUUUAUCGCAGAGGGCCUCGACCAGACCCGUGGAUGGUUCUACACAUUGACCGUCCUUGGCACUCACCUGUUCGGCAAGCUUCCUUUCAAGAACUGUGUUGUUAACGGUAUUGUCCUUGCUGAAGAUGGUAAGAAGAUGUCCAAGCGUCUCAAGAACUACCCGGACCCCACCCUCAUCAUGGACCGCUAUGGCUCGGAUGCCUUGCGUCUUUACCUGAUCAACUCCCCAGUUGUUCGUGCCGACCCUCUCCGCUUCAAGGAGUCAGGUGUCAAGGAAAUUGUCAGCAAGGUACUCCUGCCGCUGUGGAAUAGCUACAAGUUCUUUGAGGGUCAAGUGGCCCUCUUGAAGAAGGCUUCUGAUGUUAACUACAUGUUCAACCCCGAGGCCGAGGCCACUAAUACCAACGUCAUGGAUCGUUGGAUCUUGGCGAGCUGUCAGAGUCUUCUGAUCUUCGUCAAUCAGGAGAUGGCGGGGUACCGUCUCUACACUGUCGUGCCUCGCUUGCUGGGUCUAAUCGAGAACACCACCAACUGGUACAUCCGCUUCAAUCGUAAGCGCCUAAAGGGCGAGAAUGGCGUUGAUGAAACCCUGCAUGCCCUGAACACCCUCUUUGAGGUUCUCUACACCCUUGUGCGGGGUCUUACUCCUUUUAUUCCCUUCAUCACCGACAACAUUUACCAGCGUCUCCUCUUACACAUUCCUGAGUCCCUGCGUGCUGAGGAUAGCCGCAGCGUUCACUUCUUGGCCUUCCCUGAGCCGCGUAAGGAGCUCUUCGAUGAGGUUGUAGAGCGCAGAGUUGCUCGCAUGCAGAAGGUGAUUGAGCUGGGCCGUAUCUCUCGCGAGCGCAAGUCUAUCGCUCUGAAGACCCCCCUGAAGACAUUAGUUGUCAUUCACCAGGACCGGCAAUACCUGGAUGACGUUAAGUCGCUUGAGAGCUACAUCCUUGAAGAGCUCAACGUGCUCAACCUUAUUCUUUCUUCUGACGAGGCCAAGUACAAUGUCCAGUACAGUGUUAAUGCUGACUGGCCGACUCUGGGCAAGAAGCUUAAGAAGGACGUGCAAAAGGUGAAGAAGACCCUGCCUUCUCUGUCCAGCAAUGAUGUGAGGAAAUACGUCACUGAUAAGAAGAUUAUUGUUGAUGGCAUUGAACUGGUUGAGGGUGAUCUGGUUGUGAAGCGCGGCAUCAAGGAGGAUUCUGGCUCAUCGGGCAUGGAGACCAACACUGACGCCGAUGUCAUGACCAUUCUGGAUGCCAACCUGUACCCCGAGCUGGCUCACCAGGGUAUCGGCCGUGAGAUUAUCAACCGUCUCCAGCGUCUGCGCAAGAAGGCUGGCCUUGUUCCCACUGACGAAGUGAAGAUGGAGUACAUCGUCCUUUCAGAUCCCGACAACAUUGGUCUGAGUGAAGCCUUCAAGUCCCAGUCUCAGGCUAUUGAGAAGGCUGUUCGCCGGCCACUCGAUGAGCGCGCCCUGGUUGAUGGCAAGUCACCUAGUGCUGACGAGGAGGGCACCAUUGCUCAAGAGGACCAGGAGGUGCAGAAUGCGACGUUCUUGUUGCGCCUGGUCAAGCUGUGA